AAAGGAAGUCACUUGGAAAUCAGCAGAUAAUCUAAGAGACACAGGACAUCUUUCAACCCGCAAACAUUUGCAGAUGUACGUUACACACGCACAGACACACGGACACACGCAUAUCAGGCACUGACCCUUUAUGGGUUUCAGCGUCUGGCAAGGGCUUUUCUCUUCACAUGGACAUUUUACCUUUGACCCCCUCGAUGCCCCCUCUGGAAGCUGCCGGUCUGGGGUAGGGAAGAGUAUCUCAGUGGAUUAGUCAAUAUGGGCUGGCAGUAUGUGGCUCCCGGAAUCUUCCUCUUGUUGGUCAAACUUACAGGGACGUCCCUCUUCAUUGUUUUCUUUCCACAGAUCUUCCCCAGAGGGAAUUUCAGUUUUGUUCCUGAGGAGAAUGAUACAGUUUUACAGACCCCCCCAAGCCCAACAAUUUCUCCCACGAGGAUCACUACUACAGCUGCAGUCCUGUCUCCACAACUAAGAUGGGAAAGUUAUGAAGGGAACUUAUACGGGUUUUCAGAAGAUAUGCUUGAAUGGAGCUCCAGCUACUAUGAAUGUGAGGACCACCAGUCAACGCUAGUGAUCAUCAAUGACAAAAGAGAAAUGGAAUUUCUUCAAAAUGAAACAAGAAAUGGUAAUUAUUACAUUGGACUACAACAUACAGAUGACGGCAAUAAAUGGAUUUGGCUUGACAACACAGAACUCAACGGAAACGUAUUUACUAUAAGUUCAACUGAUGUGGAACAACAGUGUGCAGCACUCAGAGGCAAGAAAGUAAGUCCAGUAUCAUGUUACCAGAAAAACCGAUGGAUCUGUGAGAAGAAAAAUGGAUAAUAUGUUGGAUACAAAAGCACCAACGGAACAACAGGAGCAACGCGGACGUUCAUUCUUGCCUAUUAAAAGACAAACUUCUUCUUAUGAUGUUGUCACGGUGUAUUAUUAGGAUGAUGAUUAUUAUUAAUGUGAUUAUUUAUAUGAUGCUGUCAGUAAAUGGCAUACUUUAGUUUAA